CUAAUUCUAACGUUCUGUCCCUGCUCUCACUGUGAAAUACCAAACAAGUCACGAAUUUUCGACGGGAAUCGUUUCACAACAACAAAUAUUCCUGAAGUGCUUGUUCGUGAUAUAAGUGAAGGUGCGGAGAUUACUCCGUGCGGUUAAUUAAAUUAGAAAACGAAGAUUUGAUACCUGUAGAAUUUUGAGGGAUAGAUGAAAUGGACGACUCCUGUGAGACCCUCUGGCGUUCCAUUGAAUCUAGUUUCAACGAAAAUGACCUCUCAUCAGCAGAAGCAUCUUUCAAGAGUUUUACUGGAAGCACUGAUGACGUUUCGGGAGGCAGACCACUGACUAUCCAUACACCCCAAAAAUGUUGUAUGAGUGUAGAUGAAGGAUUAGUGAAUGCUCUACGAGAGCUGCAGCUCGCCUCAGUGAAGAAACCCUGCCAGUUCAAGCCUUCCAUCAUUUUAAGGAACGAUAACCAAGGAUUUGAUGACGGAUGUCCAGAGGGAGGGGUUGUACCGACCGAUAAUUUUGUGCUUCAAAGCGAAGUCCUGGAUAAAGAGCCUCGAGUUCUGUUUUCAAUUAUUCCAGAGGAUUUAAACAGCGAAAAUCAAUCAGAAGACAUGAAGCAAUCAGUUCAACUAAUUGAUGAUCUUCAAAGUAAAUUAGAAGAUCCAAAGGAAGUAGUUGAAUUGUUUGAAGAACCUGGAAAGUUGGAUGUGGAAUCGUCGAUCUGUCAGGACUCUCCUCUCCCCGAAAAUAAGCCAGAUGUGAAGGAGUUAAGUGAUCUUGUUGAAGAACUCGUUGACCUACCCCUCCUAAUGCAACACUCGAAUGUGCAAUGUUCGGUCGUCGGAGAAAAUCCCCCGAUAGAAAAUAAUCCCGAAGAUAUAUGUGAAUUAGUGAAACUUGUUGACGACCUCGUCGGUUCUUUACAAGUUGACGAGUCAAAUAUACAAUCCAUUCCAUCAGAAGAUCUCCUAAUUGAAACCGUGACAUCUGAAUGUGUGGAAAGUUUAGAAGAGACUGCAAAGUCUAGUGACUGCAAUGACCUACUUAAAGAAACACCCCUACAAGGUGCACAUCUCCAAAGAUCGGAAGACAGUAAGUCUUCUAAAAUAACUACAGAAGCCCCUCAAGCUUUGCCCGCUCUUCCCUCGAUAGCCUCAAAUGUCCAAGACAAUAUGAAGAAAGCAGUCAAGUCCCUGCUAAAGCCCCCUAGCAACACGAGAAAAACCACGAUAGGCGUAUCCCCUGUAUUACAGACAAAAGCGAGAUGCAGAGUUCCUAAAACAUCGAUAUUAUUACAAUCGAACCACUUAAUGACAAAUAAUCAGGUCAAAAAGAAAGUACCCGAGCACGCACCACCGACAUCGUCAUCCUGGAAGAGACAACCGGCUAAGAACAUCGUGGCAACUGUUGUGUCAACGAAGGAGGGCAUUCGACUGAAGGAGGAAAAGAUUAGCAACUUUGGGAUUCCGGUUAAUAUGAGGAAGAAGAAGCGGACUCAGGCGAUUCCCUUCAGCUUUGCUACGAGAGAAAAGGAUCUCCAGCAUCAGCAGGAGAAAAAGUCAAUGCAGAAAUUGCCCAUGAGAGACUCAAAUUCGGUGAAUCAGGAAAAAUCAGUAAUCAUCAGGGCAACGGAGAAGAAAGUGCCAGCGAUAAAGUCACGAUCGAUAAUGAAAACGUCACUGUCGGAGGCGUUUUUGAACAAGGAAAAUAGCUCGAUGAAUUUGAAUAAGUAUAAACCAUUAAUUGGAGAACGACGUAAUUUGGCAGUGAAAGGGGCGCAAAGUGGAAGGAAAAUUGAGGGGAUGAGAACUUCGAGUGAUAUGAAGCAGCAACCGAAGGAAAAAAUCAGUGAUUCUGGGAUGAAGAUAGAAGCAAAUGUCAGGUCCGCAGCUGUGCACAAGGUACCAGCUCCAAUGCUGUUGAAACAAGGCUUCACUGUUUCUCGGAAAUAAUAUUCGUGGAUCUUAAGGGACAACUUCUCAAAGAGAUAGAGGCAACUGGUACAAAUUGCGAGAUCUUUCUAGGGGUUUCAAAGACUAUUUUUUUCAACUGAUUUAUCUAUGUUUUUGAAUAAAGUAAUCUAAAAUGAAUAAUUAUCUAAUAAAA